AUGUCGUUGCCGGAUGUUUCGAUUGGGAUCAUCGUUGUUCUUGUGCUAUGGUCGAUAUCAAAAAAUUGGUUGAUUUCUGCUGCUUCAAAACUUUUAUCCGUUCUUCGAGCAGUUCGGAGUUUUCUAUUCCCUGAAUGCCGUCGUUUGCUUACUUUGGAAGAGUACCAACAGCAAGGUGAAGAAGAAACAAGAAAAGCGCUGGAACAAUUGCGCCAGUACUGUCGUAGUCCAGAAGCAAAUGCAUGGAAGAUCACAUGCUCUGUAAAUGAUCCAAAAAAGUUCGCAAGCUUCGUAGAUGGUGCUUCUGAUCACGUCAGUGAGGAAGAAUCACGUUUGCAUGAUCUGGAAUGUCUAGAUUUGGAUGAUCUCACUGAUGACAGCGGCGAGGACGAAUAUGUUGUUGCGAGGCGUUCGCUUCUUUCAAACAGUCAAAAUGCUUUAAGGCAAAGAUAUUACGAUGAUCAAGAAAAUAUUGCUCCUUCUCACAGUCGAUUGGUGCAUUUGGAUUCUAGCGUAAGGCAGAGGCAUACAUUUGAAGAGCACGAAGACAGCGACUCCAGUGAUAGCCUUGUUAAUGGUUCUGCGCCAUUGUAUGACACCAGUUUGUCACUGAAAACACAUCGAAGGUAA